AUCAAGAAUAAAAUUCCUUUCUGGUAUCAAAAUGCAGUAUUCACACCAUUGUGAGCAUCUUCUAGAGAGACUGAACAAACAACGAGAAGCAGGUUUUCUUUGUGACUGCACCAUAGUGAUCGGGGAAUUCCAGUUUAAGGCCCACAGGAAUGUGCUGGCAUCUUUUAGUGAGUAUUUUGGUGCGAUCUACAGAAGCACAUCUGAAAACAAUGUCUUUCUUGACCAGAGUCAGGUGAAGGCUGAUGGAUUUCAGAAGCUGUUGGAGUUUAUAUACACAGGAACUUUAAAUCUUGACAGUUGGAAUGUUAAAGAAAUUCAUCAGGCUGCUGACUUUCUCAAAGUAGAAGAGGUGGUCACCAAAUGUAAAAUAAAGAUGGAAGAUUUUGCUUUUAUUGCUAAUCCCUCUUCUACAGAGAUAUCUAGUAUUACUGGAAAUAUUGAAUUGAACCAACAGACUUGUCUUCUUACUCUGCGAGAUUAUAACAAUCGAGAGAAAUCAGAAGUGUCUACAGAUAUAGUUCAGUCAGAACCUAAACAAGGGAUAUUACCUAAGAAGUCAUCUCAAACGAAAAAGAAGAAGACUUUCAACUCUCAGAAAACAAGGCUGAAUAAAACUGUGCAAUAUCCCAGUGACAUUUUAGAGAAUGCAUCUGUUGAAUUAUUCUUAGAUACAACUAAAUUGUCCACACCUGUGGUAGAACAAGUUGCACAAAGAAAUGAUAGUUCAGAACUUGAAUUGACAUCCGUUGUGGAAAAUUCUUUCCCUGCACAAGAUUCUGUACAAACUGUUACAGUGAAACAGAAACGUGGAAAAUCCGAGCCAAACUGUGCCCUAAAAGAACACUCUCUGUCUAAUAUAGCUAGUGUGAGGAGUCCUUAUGUGCUGGAGGACUCUAGGGAAGAGCUGGAUCAGAGAUACUCCAAGGCCAAGCCAGUGUGUAAUACCUGCGGGAAGGUAUUUUCAGAAGCCAGUAGCUUGAGAAGGCACAUGAGAAUACAUAAAGGAGUCAAACCUUACGUCUGCCAUUUAUGUGGAAAGGCCUUUACCCAGUGUAACCAGCUGAAAACGCAUGUAAGAACUCAUACAGGUGAAAAGCCAUACAAAUGUGAACUGUGUGAUAAAGGAUUUGCUCAGAAAUGCCAGCUAGUCUUCCAUAGCCGCAUGCAUCAUGGAGAAGAAAAACCCUAUAAAUGUGAUGUGUGCAAUUUACAGUUUGCAACUUCUAGCAAUCUCAAGAUUCAUGCAAGGAAGCAUAGUGGAGAGAAGCCAUAUGUCUGUGAUAGAUGUGGACAAAGAUUUGCUCAAGCCAGCACACUGACCUAUCAUGUCCGCAGGCAUACUGGCGAAAAGCCUUAUGUGUGUGACACCUGUGGGAAGGCAUUUGCUGUCUCUAGUUCCCUAAUCACUCAUUCUCGAAAACAUACAGGUGAAAAACCAUACAUAUGUGGUAUUUGUGGGAAAAGUUUUAUUUCCUCAGGAGAGCUCAACAAACACUUUCGAUCCCAUACAGGAGAAAGACCAUUUAUCUGUGAAUUAUGUGGAAAUUCUUACACAGAUAUCAAAAAUUUAAAGAAGCACAAAACCAAAGUCCAUUCUGGUGCAGAUAAAACUCUGGAUGCCAAUGUAGAUCAUACUCUAAGGGAACAGGAGUCCAUACAGAAAAGUCCAUUGUCAGAAGCUCUGGAUGUGAAGCCUUCUGAUGUGACUUUACCCCUGGCUCUUCCACUUAGCACUGAAGAUCAUCACGUGCUGCUGCCUGUCGCAGACAACCAGUCCCCUACAUCAGACACUUUGUUGAGGUCUGCCGUGAAUGGGUAUUCAGAACCACAGUUGAUUUUCUUACAGCAAUUGUACUGAUUUUGUGAGGAAAAUGGAAUUGCUAAGAUGUCUUUGGCAAUAAAGUCUAAGUAAUUCUUUAAGGUGCAUACAUUGAUACUAAAUUCCCAUUCAUUCAAGUUGUGACCACUGUUUUUUUUUAUUCAUUAAAGUAAAAGCACCUGAUUCUGCGUCAUAACUGCAAUGCUUUGUUUUUGGUUUUUAGCUUUUAUGUCUCAACUACACAUUUAGACUUUGACAGAGUGAAUUAUACUAGGGUAACACUGUUUUGGGUUGAUAAGUUUUAUUUUAAAGCUGCCUUAAUUUCAGUUUUAUUUUGCAUUUUAGAAUUGCCCUUCAUUUACUGAGAAUCUGUGGUUUACAUGAUUUAGUUUAAUUUAUGCGAUUUUUUUAUUUCCCCACCCCCCAAAUUUAGGCAGAAUCCAUAAUAGUAGAGGCCCAAGAAUGUUGCUGUUUGUGAACACCAUCAACUUGUAUAAAACCAAGAAACUUUAUAGUUCUGCCUAUGAAAUUUAGGUACUAAAUAAUAAUUGUGCUAUUUCUCCAUUAAUAUAUUCCUUUAGAGGUAAUUUUUUAAUGACAGAACAUGUUUCUUCAAAGCUAGAAAACUGUAUAUUUUCUUUUAUUUGGAAAGAGCAUUCUGAGGAAAACCAAUGGUCAGUCAGUAUUUUUGGUUUGAGUUACUUGAGUCUGUAUUUUCAAAAUUUUAGAUAUUUGAUGUUUUUAUCUUGUCAAAAAUUAUAAAAAUUUGAUUUAGCUUAUGUUUUAUUAGAUUUUAAGAUUAUUUGAAAUGAGAAUAUGCCAAGUUUUAAAAAUAUUUUGAUAAGCUGUUUUAUGCCUAUUAUGCACUUUCUAAAUAUUCUAAAAAGUUUCUAGAUGUAAACUUUAUGCAUACUAGAAAUCACUUGACUUCUAAAUUUGAUAUAUUGCAUAAAUUCAAUUUUAAGUAAACAUUUUGGAUUAUCAGAAAGCAGUUUAUGAAAUCUUUUUUUGUAUGAACUUUGAGUUUUUCAAUUUUGUAAGUUAUACCACAGCUUUUGUUGUUGGUUGUCAUAGUUUCACUGUCGUCCUUUUCUUUCCAAGUGAGUGUAGAAAUAUUUAAUAUCACUCUUUCCCAUCCUACUUUCCACCUACUAUUUAUUUCACCGCCUAAUCUUAAGACAUUAAAUUAUCAAUUCCACAAAUUCAGUUCCUAUCAUGUUAGUCAUGCUCCACAGUGAUGUUUUUUGUUUGCCAUGCAUUAGUUGUGGCUUUUUUCCUGGAUUUAAACUUCACUUGUAAUAAAAAGUUAAUGUGUUUUUUA